UGCCGGGCUGGAUAUCCCCAAGGCACGGGCGGCGGCCUGGGGCCGGAGUUCCGCGGUGGGCUGGGUGGAGAGGACGGGAGGCCGGCCGGCCCGCACGUGGGGCGCUGACAGCGGCGCCGGCUGGUCUGGGUGGGGCGCCUCCAGUCUGGGAGCUGCUUGGCUUGGGGCGCCUGGGCCAGGAGGAGCAGAGACCAGGGGACCCGGGGGCGAUUGCCCCGCCGCGGAAGGCCGCACGCGGUUCACCCCUAGGCAUAGGAACUGUAUGGGACCCUGCCAGCCCUGGGCCAGUCAGUGCCACGAGGCCCAGAAGUGGGGACUGAUAGGGCUUGAAGUCCGGCAGGAGGAGGGUGUGAAAGUCUAGGGUUUGGGGGACAGGACUUGUCUCUUCGCUGGCCCAGAGAGCUGCUCCUACUGUAGUUUCUACGUUUGGAACUGUAAUUGCGUUUUAAGUAUCGGUGGCACUAAAGCGACCUGAAGGAAUCCCAAGAUGCAUUGCAGGCUUGUGAUCCGCCAGAAACUGUUGGCUGUCAAUACAAAGACCUUUUUUCACCCUUAACAUUUUGAAUACUUGAAAAGUUUUUUAAAUGUCACAAGGAUUCCUCAGUACUAACAUGUGGUAGUAAACCUCAUUGAUUUAUGUGCGGUUUUAAGCGGGAUUUAAGACUUUUUCUGAAUGGCGUGUAGACUUUUAAUUGUUUUAAAAGUAUGGCCCUUAUAAGGGUUGCUUAUAAAAGCUUAGUUUGCGUUCGUGUAUUAGUCUAGUCUGUUACUUAAAUACUUCUGAUAACUUAAUAUUUGUCACAUAAAGUAGCUACUAAAUACACUUUCUGUCGUUUCAAACUGCAGUCUUUAAACACCUUUUUACAAACGGGCUGUAUGUUUGGUAGCCUGCUUUCAGGUACAGAUUUUGUAGCAAUGCUGUUGAGUGAACUUAAGUAUUGCCUUCAUGCUGAUGCUUUUUUUUUAAAUUAGGUAUUUAUUUCAUUUACAUUUCCAAUGCUAUCCCAAAAGUCCCCCACACGCUCCCCCACCCAUGACGAUGCUUUUUUGAGUAAAUAUGGUAUUGUCCUAAAGAAAAAAAGAAAGAAAGAAAGAAACGGGAAGGGAAAAGGCCGAGACUUUGAUUAUUUAGCAGGGACAUUGGUGGGGCAGAUAAUUUGAGCUUAUUUCAAGUGAGAGUAUGUUUUAAGUUCUGGACUUAGGCCUGGUGUGGUGGUACACUAACUAGUUAAUGCCUAUAGAGUCCCAGAACUCUGGAGGCUGAGGUAGGAGAAUGCUUGGAAAAAGCAGAGAAAACAAAUGGCAUUAUCACCUCGCUGCCCUCCCAGGUGAGGUUGCAACCCUGGAACUCAGGAAGUGAGGGCAGCAAGAUCUUUAGGUGAAGGCUACCGGGACUGUCUGGCAAAUAAUAACACUGCCUAGAGCAGCCAACAGAGGAAGGGGCCUUGGUGGUGAGAGUCUUCACAGAUAUGCCUGUGUCCAGCCAUCUCAAGUCAGAGCUAGGGAACUGGUGCUGACCUUGUUCUCUUCGAAAAUGUAAAAACAACAAAUUCCAAACAAUGACUAAGUAGAACUCUUUUAAGUGUAAUUAAGCAUCAUCCAUUUAAAUGCAACUUUCUAUAGAGCCAAGUAAAUUGGGCAAGUGAUUAUCAAUGAAAAUAGAAAUCUUAAAAAUCACUGGGGGCUGGAGAUGGCUCAGUGGGUAAGAACACUGAUUGCUCUUCCAAAGGUCCUAAGUUCAAAUCCUAACAACCACAUGGUGGCUCACAGCCAUCUGUAGUGAGAUCUGAUGCCCUCUUCUGGUGUGUCUGAAGACAGCUACAGUGUACUCAUAUAAAUAAAAUAAAUAAAUCUUUAUAAAAAAAAUCACUGGAAAUUUUUUUACUUAAGUUUUAGUAAAUUCUCAAGGUUAAGCAACCAUUAUCACUUGAUUGACUUUUAUUGUCUCUCCAUGGCUGCAUAGCCAAGACUUUUCUGAUUCUCUUUCCAGCUUAGGGUACUGAGAUUACAGGCUUUCGUCAUCACAGACAGUUUACAUGCUGUAUAUGAUGUUGGGACUCGAACCCAGGGAUUUGUGCAUGCUAGGCAUACAAUCUUAUCACCUGAGCCACAUCCUGAGUUUUGUUUUGGAUUUUUUUAAAAAAAAGUUAAGUUUCACUAUAGAGCAGAAGCGGUCUUCUCAGCGUCCCAGCAUGCUGGGAGCAGUCAGUGAUGCUUGCCUGUGCCUGGCUGGCUUUCUGGUCACUGAAUAGUUUUGAAAGUUACUUCUGUAGGGCUAGAAAGCAGAUUGGAGGUUAUCCAAAAUCAAAGGUACAGUUAUUUGUAUAUAAUUUUUUUUUUGUUUUGUUUUGUUUUUUUUUUCGAGACAGGGUUUCUCUGUAUAGCCCUGGCUGUCCUGGAGCUCACUUUGUAGACCAGGCUGGUCUCGAACUCAGAAAUAUGCCUGCUUCUGCCUCCCGAGUGCGGGGAGUAAGGGCGUGCGCCACCAUGUCCGGCUUGUAUAGAAAACUUCAUACUUGAUUUAUGUUAACCAGUUCCUGUUGAAGACUAAAUAGACGGUCUUGUAUUUUUAAUGGUGCUGAUGGUGAAACUCUGAGCCUCCUGUAUGCUAGGCAAGGGUUCUACAUCUCCCCAGUCUAAGAGAGUGGGGGUGUGUAUGUUUCCUGUGUGGGGUUCAUGGAGACUAGAGGAAGACAUAGAGGGUCUUUCUUUAUAAUUCUCUGCCAUACUCCCUAAAGACAGGAUCUUUUAUGAGCUUGGAGCUAGGCUGGCAGUGAAAAAUCCCAAGCAGUGUUCCUGCCUCAGUACCUACAACACAGAGGUUACAUGCUCCUAUGCCCAUACAACACAGAGGUUACAUGCUCCUAUGCCCAUACAACACAGAGGUUACACGCUCCUAUGCCCAUACAACACAGAGGUUACAUGCUCCUAUGCCCAUACAACACAGAGGUUACAUGCUCCUAUGCCCAUACAACACAGAGGUUACACGCUCCUAUGCCCAUACAACACAGAGGUUACACGCUCCUAUGCCCAUACAACACAGAGGUUACACGCUCCUAUGCCCAUACAACACAGAGGUUACAUGCUCCUAUGCCCAUACAACACAGAGGUUACACGCUCCUAUGCCCAUACAACACAGAGGUUACAUGCUCCUAUGCCCAUACAACACAGAGGUUACACGCUCCUAUGCCCAUACAACACAGAGGUUACACGCUCCUAUGCCCAUACAACACAGAGGUUACAUGCUCCUAUGCCCAUACAACACAGAGGUUACAUGCUCCUAUGCCCAUACAACACAGAGGUUACACGCUCCUAUGCCCAUACAACACAGAGGUUACACGCUCCUAUGCCCAUACAACACAGAGGUUACACGCUCCUAUGCCCAUACAACACAGAGGUUACACGCUCCUAUGCCCAUACAACACAGAGGUUACACGCUCCUAUGCCCAUACAACACAGAGGUUACAUGCUCCUAUGCCCGUACAACACAGAGGUUACACGCUCCUAUGCCCAUACAACACAGAGGUUACAUGCUCCUAUGCCCAUACAACACAGAGGUUACACGCUCCUAUGCCCAUACAACACAGAGGUUACACGCUCCUAUGCCCAUACAACACAGAGGUUACAUGCUCCUAUGCCCAUACAACACAGAGGUUACACGCUCCUAUGCCCAUACAACACAGAGGUUACAUGCUCCUAUGCCCAUACAACACAGAGGUUACAUGCUCCUAUGCCCAUACCUUCUUAAAGUAAAUGCUAGGCAUUUGAACUCAGGUCUUGUUUGUUUGUUCAUGUUUUUGUUUUCAAGACAGCCCUGGCUGUCCUGGAACUCACCCUGUAGACCAGGUUGGCCUUAAACUCAGAGAUCCGCCUACAUUUACCUCCCAAGUGCUGGGACUAAAGGUUUGUGCUAUUACUGCCCUGCUCAAACUGAGCUCUUACCUAUGAUAAGCCUUCUGACACACUGAGCCACUUGCCCAGCCUCCCAACCUAUGUUUUGAUUUGGGUUUUGUUUUACAAUUUAAAUGCCUGCAGGAAUAAAUAUGUAAAGACUCUCAUAGGCCUCAUUGGAAUACUAAGUAGAGGACGGUAGGAAGAGAUGGGUGGUGAGAGCUGUCUCAGGAUGAGUGGUAGAUCUUUGUUCUCAGGUCAUGUUUUCUCACAUGGGCAGCUUGAGUAUGAGCAUUUAGGGAGUACUACCUAGUAUUAGGAUGAACAGCUGUUUAGAUGCCAAGGAUCUAAAUCUAACUUAGGGCCUUUUGCUCCCCAGACAAGAUUUUACUUUCAGAACUGUUUAUUACUACUAUUGUGUGUGCACAUGAUGCCACAGCUUGUGUGUGAAGGUCAGAGGGCAAUUCUGGGCAGUUGGUUCUCUCUUUUCCGCUUAUCUAUAUGGGUUCCAGGAAUCAAACCGAGGCCAGCAGGCUUGCCUGGCAAGUUCUUUUACCUACUAAGCCAUUGCUUGCUCUGUAAGGAAACAGUAUCCAAAAUUUCUCCAGACAGGGAAAUACUGGAAAAAACAAAUCAAGCCUUGAUUUGCUUUUGUUUGUCAGGGAAGAAAUAUCUUGUUAAAAAUAGAAUUAUCUUUCUGGUUGAAGAGAAAGGAAUGAAAAAAAAAACUUUAAACUUUUGAGGUGAGUUAACAAAUUAGAAUGGAAUUUUUUGAAGUGGAAUUUUUUGUUCAGAUAUCCAUUCUAGAUGUGCACAGGCACUUUCCUGUCUACUGCGUGUGGGAUGCUGUGCAAGGCACUGUCAGGAGGCUCUUGUAGGAAGGAACCUCAGUAUAAGGAAUUACAGUCUUGGAAAGAGACUAAAAGAAGCCAAGGAGGGUUACAGUAGUGGAAGACUGCGGAUGUGCAAAAACAUGCAAAGGAUGUGGAGGCAAGACAUGGGUAAAGAUUCAGGAUCCCUCCCUCCCUCAGUAAAUGGUUUCAACCUUGUCACUCCAAUGAUUAAACUGAAUUAAGCCAGGUGUCCUUCAUAAACGCCUUGCUUUUGUUCUGAGGCUGUGUCACUGCAUUUCCCAGGCUGACUGGACUUCACCCAUCCCUGCCUCAGCCUCCCAAGAGCUGGGAUUACUUUUAACUUUUCCAGGAAUUUGACAAAGUAGGACAUUAGCCUUCAGCAAGUUUGGGUACCUAAAAGUUUUGUCCUUGUUUUCUCUAGAUUUUAACAAAGUUAGUAGCUUGAGAGUAGAUAUAGUUUGUAUAUUCAUAAAAUAGCUUUGUUCUAAAGAGAACUUGUUCCUGUUAUCCAUUGUAAUUCUUUCAAUGGGAAAGAAACAGUAAGAAUGUUUUAAGUAUUUUCCAUUACUGUAGCUUAGGAGUGGUUAUGUGUGCUUCUCAAAUACAGUCCAACUAGAUGAUUGUCGUUUUACUUGAAGAGAAGAAAAGAGCAAGUGUGUUACUGAGCAAUCUGUGUCUUGUCUUUGGGUAGUUCAUUUCGGUGGUAGGACAAUAUUUUCUCUUUUCAUAUCUUAUUGACACUAUCUGAAAUGGCUUUGGUAUGUAUUUUAAUAUACUUUUGUUUUUGAAGUAGAUGAGACAUAAAUUGUAAACACAACCUUAGGAUUACAUAAAAUGUAGUGGAGUUUGUUAUGAUACAGAAAACCACAUCAGGUUGAUAUGUGAUGUUGUUUUAAUGAUGUAAUAAAUAGGUUCGUUGGUUACAGCUAGAAGUAACUCCGGCAAAAAGACAGCCUGUGUUUCGGAUAAAGAAAUUGAAGCGUAAGCAGGCUAAGUGGUUGUGUGAAAUCACUCCCAAAGUUAAUGAAACAGUUGGGUCUGAAAUCCUGAAUUGCCAGCUGAUAGUUUAGGUCUCUCUCUGCCAUGCCAUGCUUUGUAAUUAGUGGAAGAAGGGAAUCUAUAGACAGUUUCUAUAACCAGUAUGGAUUUCUUGACAGUAGCCCUGGUAUUUUUCUUUCUAAUGUUUUCAUUCUUGUAAUAAGUACAGGACUCUGACAUGCUUGUUGUAGGUUUAUAGAGCACUUAACUGCAGCUUACCUCUUAGCCUUCACAGCACCUUUUAGAUGCUUGGAUACUACUAACCCAUUUUAUAGAAGCAAAAAUUGCAGGUUAGAAAAGCUAAAUACUUUAGUAAGAUUAUGCCCAUGACUAAAUGGAGGAGUAGGUUCUGGUUUCAAAGCUUAAUUUAAUGACAGUAAAGAUCCUGUAACUUAAUUUUAUCAAUCUCUUCGAGACCCUUUUCCAAAACUGGCCAUGGAUUUUGUCGUUAUCACCAAUCAUCUGUCUCAGAGCAGCAGAAUCGUGCCAGGCACUGCUCUAGUUUCAAGAGCUGCCUCUUCCUGGUGUAGAUGACUUUGAACCGUUUCUUUGUUGUCUCCCACUCCUCUUCCUCCUCUACACCUCUUUCUUUACUUGAACUCUUGGACUCAACUUGUACUUCCACGUUCUGAGCUCCUGGAGCCCAGGUGCUUCGGCUUGCAUUGGUUUGUCUACAGGUUCUUGCUGUGGUAGCCCUUGCUUGCUGCCUUGAACUCACCAGGAAUCCCAGACUGGCCUCAAACUCGGUGAUCCUCCUCCUGAGUGAGUGCAGACUCGCUACCGUAUCUGCCUGCCUUUUCAUGUCUAGAACAUUUGACAUGUUUAAGACAAACCAUUGGCAUUUUUAAGUGUUCAGCAGACUUUCUUCUGUUGUCUCCUUACACUGUUUUCCAGUACUGCCUGUGGGGGAAAGAAAGAGAUUGCAACAUGCAAUUUUGGGAAGAUAGUUUGGUCUCCUGGGUACUAGAGAUGUUCAGUUCAAAACCGCCUGAGUAAGGUGCUUCCGAAAGGCCUCACUAAGAAAGCCGGCAAGUUCAAAAUGGCUCCUACUGUAUUCAGUCACAGUAAAAACUCAGCCGAUGGCAUGGCAUCAGAAAGGUGCAGAAAAUCAGUGUGAACCCAAGUGAAGCUAGGUCUGGAGGAGGGACAUUUGUAUAAUCCAGGCUGGAAGAUUGCCACUGGGUCAAACCUAGCCUGGGCUACAUUAUACAUUCAAAGCCAGUCUGAACUCCAAAGUGAGACCCUAUUUUUUUUUUUUUUUUAAAGUGGGCCAACUGUGACCUCAGCUCAGUAGAUCAAAACGAAAUAAAGUACUUGCCACAUAAAUCCGACAACCUGAAUUUGAUUCCUAGAACCAAUGUUGAAAAUUCAGAUGUGGUGCUGUGUGUAUCUGUAAUCCCAACAUUCCGACGGCAAAAUGAGAAGCCAAGAUAGGAGACAGGAGAAUCACCCCAAAACGCAUGAGCCAGGAUAGCUUGGGGUACAUAGUGCAACAGAUUCAAGAGAGACCCUGCCCCAAUAACAUGUAAGGCAAAAAUCAGUCUCCCCCCCCUCCCCCCGAGACACUGCACGGCUAAAUAUUUAAUUUCUUUUUAACUAUUUUGAUUAUAACAAUUUAUGCUAUUGUGAGUAUAGAUGUGACUCUGAUUUCGGCGGCAAACGCCUUUAAUCCCAGCACUUGGGGGACAGAGGCAGGCGGAUUUCUGAGUUCCAGGCCAGCCAGCCUGGUCUAUAGAGUGAGUUCCAGGACAGCCAGAGCUACACAGAGAAACCCUUUCCUUGGGGGAGGGGGGUGGGAGGGAUAGCCAUUGUUCUUUGUUUGCAUGCAUAUUGCCACUAUAGCAUCUGUUUGUGUUUAUUCUCUCUCUCUCUCUCUCUCUCUCUCUCUCUCUCUCUCUCUCACACACACACACACACACACACACACACACAAUUAAUACUUACAUAUAGGCAGGUAUAUUUUUGUGAGUUCAAGGUCAGGCAGAGUUAAGAGAGUUAACUGUGGGGGAGAGGACUGUUAAUUCAUUAAAGGUUAACUAUUCUGGGCUGGAGAGGUGGCUCAAUGGUUAAGAACACUGUUCUUCUAGAGUUCCUGAGUUCAAUUCCCAGCAACCACAUGGUGGCUCACAACUAUCUGUAAUGAGAUCUGAUACCCUCUUCUGGUAUGUUUGUAGACAGCUACAGUGUACAUUAAAUAAAUUACAUACAUUAAAUAAAUAAAAUACAUUAAAUAAAUAAUUAAGUCUUUAAAAAAUAUUAAGUGUUCUGGCCAGCCAGUACUGGCGCACACCUUUAAUCCCAGCACUCAGGAGGCAAAGGCAGACAGAUCUCUUCAAAGGUAGACUGGGCUGUACCCAGAAACCUUGUCUCAAAAACAAACAAACAAAGAAACAAACAAAGUUCUACCUAGGCAGUACAGAUUUAAAUAGCUAAGUCAUGAAGUGUCUGCACUGAGCUUUGUGUGUGCACAUGUGCUUUAAUCCAGAGCCUCCUGAGUGCAAUGGAUUGCCACCGAGACAUCACACCUCAGCCCUUUUGAUUGUUGUUUGGUGGGCUGUAUUUAACUAGCACUAUCAAACUGUAAACCACGUAAGCACCUGGAAAGGAGACCUGUCCUUCUUAAGUAGCGGGCACUGCUUGCUGUUCCCUGCUUUCCAGACUAGAGUCUGACCAGUUCUGAGGAGUUCAGGUUAAUGAAGCCAUACAAUAUGUAACCUUUGGGGUUUUUUGUUUGUUUUCAAGACACUCCCCCCCCACGCCCCCACUGUGUAGCUUUCCUUGAGCACAGAGAUCCAUCUGUCUCUGCCUCCCAAAUGCUGGGAUUGAAGGCCACCCUUCCCUGGUGGUUUUUUAAAUAUGGCUUAUUUUCUAUGACAAGUAUAAGACAAUAUCUUUUAAAAGUCUUGUUACAUAGCCUUGGCUGGUCUGGCAUUUGCUGUUUUGUUUGUUUGUUUGUUUGUUUGUUUUAUUGCUUUAUUUUUAUUGCAUUUAUUGGGGAGUGCAGUCCAUGGCAUAUGUGUGACAAUCACAGGACAGCUUUUGGGAGUUGGUCCUCUUCCUUUCACCAUCUGAGUCCUGGGGAUUGAACUUUAGACAGUGGGUCGUGGUGGCCUUUACCCAUUGAGCCAUCUCACCAGCGCAAGAGCUUUUCACUAUUGUUUUUAUUUAUGUGUAUAAUUGUUUGCCUCCACCUAUGUUUCUGUACUAUGUGCAUGCUUGGUGACUCUGAAGACCAGAAAAGCGUGUUGGAUCCCAAGAACCAGAGUUGUAGGUGGUUGUGAGCCACCAUAUAGGUGCUGGAAACUGAACUUAGGUUCUCUGGAAGGUAGCUGAAGAGAUGUCACUUUUCACUCAAUACAAAGUACUAACAGUUCAAGUCUAUCAACUGUCAUAGGUCAAGUACCUAUUAAAGCACUCAGGAAUCCAUACAGUUUUAGAAUAAGAGUGGUGGUAAUUUAAUGUCUCUGUUUUUUAUUUUGUUUUGUUUUUUUAAAAGCCUCUCAUUAAGUAGCCCUGGCCAAGCUGAAACCCCUAUCAAGCUGGCCUGAAACUCACAGUGAUCCUCUAGCUUCUUGCCUCCUAAGUGUUGAUUAUAAGCAGGCACUACUGGUUUUUACUCAGUUUUACAUGUUGAUUUUCUAUUAUUUUAAACUUUCAAAAAGUUCUAGACCCCAAGACCAAGUUCUUAGCACAAAAAAGAUUUAUUGCACCAGAGGAACAGAGUUCGGGGAUGAAGGACAAAGACAGGAGACAGAGAGUAGGAAAGGGUGAAAGGAACAAGGAGGAGGGGGAGUACUUCUCUUAGAGAGUAGGCAGAUGUGACCCAUGGAAAAAUGGUAGUUUAUAAAGGUAAAAAGGGAAAUCUCAUGUUAGGAUGAGUUUGAAUUUUAAUUGGGCAUGUUAAUUAGGUGAGCCAAAUUGCUGGACUUCAAUACUUUUAGCUGAACCUUGGUAGUCAGCCUCAGGAGGAAGAAGUGGCCAAAUAAAGGAAUGGACCUUGGUAGCUAGCUUUAGGAAAUGUAAUCUAACAGAGAGAAGGACAAGGCCUGUCAGAGCUAUGCUAGCCAUGCUCGAGCUAGCCAGAGUCCCUUCAGUGCACAUACAUCCAUGCAGGCUAAUCAUUGAUACAGAUGAGGACUUAGCAAACUCUAGGUCUUGGGUUUGAUCUCUAGUGCUGACAAACAACAGCAGUUGUAGUGAUAAUAAUAAACUUGACAGCAAUUAUUUUCUUCAACAUUUUGAUGGUAUUGAAAAUGUAUUUUAGCUGGGCGGUGGUGGCGCACACCUUUAGUCCCAGCACUCGAGGGGAGGCAGAGGCAGGCAGAUUUCUGAGUUUGAGGCCAGCCUGGUCUACAAAGUGAGUUCCAGGACAGCCAGGGCUACACAGAGAAACCCUGUCUCAAAAAACCAGAACAAACAAACAAACAAAACAAAACAAAGAAAAGAAAAAAAUUUUUGUUUUGUUUUUUAUCUAAGCACAAUCUCAUGAAACCAGGGUGGCUUUAGAUUUGCUUAUUAGCUGAAGGGAUCCCUCCUGCUUCUGGGAUUACAGUCCUCUGCUGCUAAACCCACUGCCCUGUGUUCAUUUUUGUAGGUGUUGAUAUGUUAUGGGCAAUGGUUCUAAAGAUGAAAUUUGUAAGUUACAGAUUUCACUAUUUUGUUUGUGUCAUAUGACUUCAAAUUCUUUGGAGUGUUUCUUCGUCUUGGAAAACCUAUAGCUGUGUCAGCUGUGCUUCAGGGGUAAAGAAAUCAAACCCACAUAUUUGUAUAGCAGAAUGCACAUCUCCUAUAGCUCUACAGGGGUGCCCUAAGCAGUUUGUAGUUUGGUAAUUGCAAACUGACCUGUUACUUGAUCUUUGAGUUCUAGAACAGGACCAAACUGACUUCAUCAGAAUCACUUUUUAAAAAAAUAAUAAUUCUGAGAUAGGGUUUCUCUGUGUAGCUCUGGCUGUCCUGAAAAUUGCUACGUUAGUCCAUUGUUGCCUUAAACCCAGAGGCCAGCCCGCCUGAGUGUGUUGGGAUCCAAUCCCAGCAAGAGCCACCGUUUCCGAGUGUGUUAGCUUAUGUGUUCCAGAGGCCUCACAGACUUGUCUUUUAUGUUAGCAUCUUGGAUGUUUGCUACCUUGACAGUCACAACCUUCUUGGGUUGAAGGAUUAUCCCAAGAGGAGUAGAAAAGUUAUGUUGUGUAAGUUCAGUCCAAUUAAUUUGUGUUAUAUUUUUAAUAUCUGUGAAGGAAAGAUUUGAAAGAACAUAUUUUUAAAACAUUUAUUUCCAUUCUUGAAAGCUGGUUGUUGUCUGUGGAGUUUUUUAAUUAACCAUUUUGUGUAAGUGUAGGUUGAACAUUCUAUGGCAUAUGUGUAGAGGCCAGAAGCCAGCGCUGUGGAAUUGGUUCUCUCAUUCCACCCUUUUUGAAUGCUGGUAUUAAAGAUGCAUCACGGCAGCCAGGCUCCUUCCACAGUUCUGUGGCUGAAGCAUUGAACUCAGGUUGUCCGGUUUAUGUGGUGAGCUCUACCUGCUGAACCACCUUGCCUGGUGCCCAGAUUUCUUUUAGUUGUCUGCAAUUGGUAGAGUUCUGAAAAGUAGGCUAAACAGAGUUGUGAUUUGAAAGCCACUUAGCAGCCAUUGUUCUGAGUUGCUGAGGCCUGUGAUGUCAUUGAUAAGCAAGGAAGAUGCAGCUUCAUUUCUAAUAACACUCAUUUUUCUU